AUGGCUAAUGCUGCUGAAUCUGCUGUUGUUGCUGCGUCAUCUGCUGUUGCUUCUGCUCCUGCUGCUGCUGCUGCUGCUGCUGCUGCUGCAGGCGACGGCCGGCUGCUGCUGAACUCGUACAGCAGCGGCCUCUUUAUUGCUGACGGCAAAGGGGACGUACACCUCGCAGUGUCUCCACCGCUGAGAAUAUCCUCAAUUACGGGCUUUACGGGGACUGAUGAAGAAGGGCCUUUAAAGGGGACAGUCGCGCUGCUGGCUUCUCGCUCUCCCCUGGCACUGUGGGCCUUGAAAACGCAUGCAGAUAGCAGCAGCAACAGCAGCAGCAGCAGCAGCAACAGCAGCAGCAGCAGCAAGGACCUGUGCCUGGUUCCCAUUAGCCUUGCAGGCCUGGAAGGGCCGCUGAAUCCAGAGGGAGCAGCUCUUGCAAAGGGAAAGGGCCGGUGCUUGGGCCUCUCCUGGAUCUCUCCGGGUUUCUCAGCAGCAGAAGCGGAUGGCGCUGCUGCUGCUGCUGCUGCUGGUGCUGCGGGUCCUUUCCUUGCUGCUCUGUUUGCUGUGGAAGAUGCAGACCUUGAGGAGGGCGAUGACCAGCAGCAGCAGCAGCAAUUUGCAAGUGCUGCUGAAGAGGACGCCUUCCUUGAAGCAGAAAACCCCGCCUUCUCCUCUCUGCUGCUCUUCACCAAGCUCGAGCCCGUGCAGCAGCAGCAGCAGCAACAGGAGCUGCGGCUGGUGCCGGUUGCCGCUGCUUUGAACGAGGCGGAUAUGGAUACACCUCUCCUCACCUCUCCUGCAGUUUUCUUCAUUGCAGAGUCAACAGGAGAGGUGACUGUACACCUGGCGGACCGCUGCGCUACCCUCGUACGUGACACGGAGGCCCUUGAGAUUCCCCUGCUGCCUCCACUGCAGCAGCAGCAGCAGCAGGAUGCGCACCUGCAGCAGCAAAUGAACGCCUGGUCCCAGCGCCUUGCAGAGGAGCAGCCGCUGCAGCAGGAAAAAGCGAAGCCAGCCGCUCCACGAGACGAAGCAGGCAGUAGCAGCAGCAGCAGCAGCAGCAGCAGUAGCAGCAGCAGCAGCAGCAGCAGCAGUAGCAGCAGCAGCAGCAGUAGCAGCAGCAGUAGUAGUAGCAGCAGAAAAGACAGCAGCAACACGAAAAACCCCAGCGGCAGCGCAGAAGGGGCACGGCGCCACAGCAAGAAGUCUGGCAGCAGCAGCAGCAGCAGUAGCAAACGUGAGGGGGGCAGCAGCAGCAAAAGCAAACACAGUAAAGAAACGCACCGCAGCCGCAGAUGCCGAGCUGCUGCUGGUGAGGGUAAGUGGGGCCGCAGCAGCAAAGCAGCAAAAGAGGCAACGCUUGCAGCAGCAGCGAAGGCGCUGCAUGCUGCAGCGCGUAGACGCAGCAGCAGCAGCAGCAGCAACAGCGCCAUUCAAAAGUGGCGGCAGCAGCUGCAGACUCCCGAACACUUAGAGGUCGUAUCGGUGCUGAAGCGAGUUAGUGCAGGGGAAGACCUGCUGGGGGCCAGCGGAUUGCUUGCUGCUUCAGUUGCUGCUCCUCUUGCUGCAGCAAUGCUUGUAUUUGAGUGGAGAUUAGCGGUGUCUGAACUCUGCUGCAGUGCAGCACGAAAGGCGCUGACAGAGCAGCUGCAGCAGCAGCAGCAGCAGAUUGACGGGAAGCAGCCUACCCAGCAGCAGCCGCUCCUGCAGCUGCAGCCGCUGCAGCAGCAGCAGCAGCAGCGGCCAACCACUUUGGCCUCGCAGGUGGCGGGGUUGCAGGAGGCUGUGCAUGCAGUGCAGCAGCAGCAGCAGCUGCUGCUGCAGCGGUUAUCUCAGCUUCGGUCCGUAGACGAGGCCCAGGCCCAGAACAGCAGCAGAGUGCGGCGUCUGCUGAGUAGGUUGCUGAUGCAGCAGCAGCUGCUUCAGCAGCAGAUAGAGGGGAACGACAAUCUCAUGCUGCUGACGGAACAGGAGCAGCAGCACCUGGAGGACUUGGCGCUGCUGCCGCCUGCUGCUGCUGCGGCUGCUGCUGCCCAGCUAGAAGAGCUGCAGCAGCAGCGAGCUGCAGCGCGGGCACGGGCACGACAACUGCAGCAGUUACUGCUGCGUCUGCAGCAGCAGCAGUUGCUGCAGCAGCAGCUGUAUGAAGAACAGAUGGCCCUUGCGAACGGCGUGGAGGAGCAGGAAACCGCACAGAUACUGCAACGCCUGGGUGCUGCAGUGACGCAGCAGCAGCAGCGAGUGCUGCUGCUGCUGAGGCGGGCUGAGGCCCUUGCUCUGGGGAUGAUAGGUCGGACGAUCCCCAUAACGGCGCAUGCGCAGCAGAAGCAGCAGAAGCAGCAGCCGCAGCAGCAGCAGCAGCAGCAACAGCAGCAGAAAGUUGACAGCCCACCGGAAGCCCCUGCAAACAGCAGCAGCAGCAGCAACAACAGUAGCAGCAGCAGCAACAACAGUAGCAGCAGCAGCAGCAGCAGGAGGCAGUGCAGGCCCGGGGCUUGUUUUAUGUUGCCGUCCAACUUUUUAGAUGACGCAGCGGAGGAGUUGCUGCAGCAGCAAACAUCUCAUGUCCCAUCGGCAGCAGCACCAUCAGCAGCAACAGGAACAGCAGCAACUGCUGCAGCCGAAGCAGCAGCAACCGAAGCAGCAGCAGCUGAGCUCCCGGCAUCCCAAACUAGACAGACACUGCGUAGCCGCAUGCAGCAGUCUCUCUUCAUUGCUUCUGAUGAAGGGGCAGCAGCAACAGCAACAGCAGCAGGAGCAGCAGAUGUUCCUGCUGAUGCUGAAGCUGCUGAGCCUACAUGCAAGCGGGAGGCGGUUGAUGCGAGCUGUGAAUUGCCGCCAGUACUGCAGCAGGGGCAUCAACAGCAGGAGCAGCAGCAGCAACAGCAACAGCAGCAGCAACAGCAUCAGCAGAGAGCUCUCAUGGAGUUGCUGCAGAAGACAAAGCUCCUGCAGCAGCAGGCUGCUGAGCUGGAGGAAGCUGUUGCUGCUGUCGAGCAGCAAGCUGCUACCUGUCUCCCCAUUGGGUCUCUACCUGCUGCGGAGAUAGCUGAAAUGCAAGGCGAGGCGGAGUUGCUGCAGCUGCAGCAGCAGCAGCAAUUGCUGCUGCCGGUGCACUUGCCUCUACCCACUGCUGCGGCAGCAUCUGCAGUCAAACCCGCAGGAGACAAUUCAAUGCUGCCGCUGGUGCAGCAAUUGCUGCAGGAAGAGACAGCUGCUCGCGCCCGCGAGGCUGCGGGUCGGCGUGCGCUGCUGCAGCAGCUGCAGCAGCAGCAAUACCCCCACCUGCAGCAGCAGCAGCAGCAGGUGGGAGACAGUUUCUUAGCAGGAACAGCAGCAGGAGGAGAAGCAGCCGAUGACUCCCUAUGCAUUAAUGAUGGAGACAGCAGCUUCGAUGCAUGCGACAAGAAGACGGAGGUAGAAGAGAUGUGGGAGACGCUAGCGAGCAGCUGCGAGGGGCUCAGCAGCAGAAGCAGCAGCAGCAGCAGCAGAAGCAGCAGCAGCAGAAGCAGCAGCAGCAGAAGUAGCAGCAACAGCGAGUUCUUUGCCAGCGAAGCCAGCAGCAGCCGAAAGGGGUCCCUGAGUUACCACGGCAGCAGCAACAGCAGCAGCAGGAGCAGCAGCAGGGAUGCAGCUCUAGAAAGCGACAGCAAUGAGCAGCAUAGGGAUGUGCUGCAGGUAGAGACAGUUAUAGACAGAGCAGCAGACAAGCAGCAACCAAGCAGCAGCAAACUGUCUCCUCCACCUAAGCAGCAGCAGCAGCAACUCAACCCCACAAUAUCCCAACCUGCUUCAGCCCGUCUCUCUAACACCGCAGUUCUUCCCCCCGAUCCCACCAAAAUAACCGAUCCCACCAAAACAGCACACCCCACGAAGGCCACGCUGCCCCCCGAUCCCACGAAGGCAGUACUACCCCCCGACCCCACAAAAGCAGUACUACCCCCCGAUCCCACAAAAGCAGUACUUCCCCCGGAUCCCACGAAGGCAGUACUUCCCCCGGAUCCCACAAAGGCAGUACUACCCCCCGAUCCCACAAAGGCAGUACUACCCCCGGAUCCCACAAAGGCAGUACUACCACCCGAUCCCACGAAGGCAGUACUACCCCCCGAUCCCACAAAGGCAGUACUACCCCCCGACCCCACAAAGGCAGUACUACCCCCCGAUCCCACAAAGGCAGUGCCGCCCCCCGAUCCCACAAAGGCAGUACUACCCCCCGACCCCACAAAGGCAGUACUACCCCCCGAUCCCACGAAGGCAGUGCCGCCUCCCGAUCCCACGGAGGCUGCUGAUGCUGGUGCUGGCAGCUCGGCGUCUACGGGGGAAGGAGUGUCAGAGGGCCCCACAAAGGAGAUAUCUGCUGCUCCACAAGGCGAAGCAGCAGAUACACAAGACACCCCACAAGGAGCCAGCAGUCCCUUCAAAGGAUCAUUCCUUGCUGCUGCUGCUGUUGAACCUAGCAGCAGCAGCAGCAACAGCCAACGCGGGCACUUCGGUAGCAGCACAAACGGCAGCUGUGGCAGCUUCUUCGGCAGCAGCAGUAGCAGCAAAGGCGGCAGCAUCUUUGGCAGCAGCAACAGCAGCGGCGGUGGUCUCUUCGGCAGCAGCAGCAGCAGCAGCGGGAGCGCUCGCUUCGGCAGCAGCAGCAGCAGCAGCAGCGAGGGACUAUUUGGAAGCAGCAGCAGCAGCAGCAGCAGCGAGGGCGGUCUAUUUGGAAGCAGCAGCAGCAGCAGCAGUGGGAGCGGUCUCUUCGGCAGCAGCAGCGGGAGCAGCAGCGGCAGCGGUGGGGGUCUCUUCGGUAGCAGCAGCAGCAGCAGCACCAGUGGUGGUCUCUUUGGCAGCAGCAACACCGGCGAUGGUGGUCUGUUUGGCAGCAGCAGUAACACGAACAACAGCAGCAGCAGCAGUAGCAGCAGCAACAAGGCGGAUGCGUCUGCUCCUUCAACGAGUUUCUUUGGUGGGGGCUUUGGCAGCAGCAGCAGCAGCAGCGGGCCCAUAGACAUAAAGGGGAUUGGCAGCAGUCUUGCUGCAGGGACACCCAAACAAACCUCAGGCUUCGCAGGCUCUGCUCUUGCCUCAGGGCCUUUUGGAGGGGGGGGGCCCUUCGGGGGAGGGGCCUCGCAGGGGCCCCCCAAGGGGGGCCUGGUAAGCAUCCUAGGGCCGGGUCUAUUCGACAGCAGCAGCAGCAGCAGCAGCGGGGACACUGCAGCAGCAACUGCUGCAGGAUUCGGCAGUCAGGCACAGUCUGCUUCGCCGUCUCCUUUUGGCAGUUCAUUCUUCUCGCAACAGCAGCAGCAACAGCAGCAGCAACAGCAACAACAGCAGCAGCAGCCACUGCUCUCCCUCGGCAAUGUAAACGUUAGCGACUUAUCUCUAGGGCAGCGGCAGACCUACAACUUUGGGCUGUCCAACAACAGCGGGCUUGGAGACCUGCAGCUAGAAGGAGGCCCCACUGCAGCAGGGCCUGGGAUCGCCUCCGGGGGACAGGUUCAGGGGGGAUUCUCUGCAUUUGCAUCCCAGGGGACAGGCUUUGCUUCUCUCGCGCAACAGCCGUCUUCGGGGGGUUUCUUUGCCGCUGCAGCGCAGCAGCAGCAGCAGCAGCAGGAGCAGCAGCCGCAGCAGCAGGGGUUUGGAGGGUGGGGACAGUUAAGCAACGCGUCUCCUUUCGGCGGUGUAGGUAGCAUGCCAGUCUCUGCUGCUGCUCCUGCUCCUGCAGCAGCCGGUGCUGCACCAGAGGAUAAGAGCAUCUGGACAAGGGCGAGGGCCACCAACCCCCUCGAAUAA